GGAAGCCGGAAGUGGAUCGGCUGGGUCGGUCCGGGCGUUGCGGGAUUGGGGCCUGGGAUCGCUCGGCCCCGGGCAGCAGAGGAGCCCGUGACGGGGCGCCAUCCCAGCCUUGAGGCCUGCUGACCGGCAGGCUCUGCGCGCCCCGCGGAGGUCGGCGGCUACCAGCAGCGACCGCAGAGCGACGGCGGGCGGCCCCGGGCAUGUACGCCCCCGGAGGCGCAGGGCUGCCCGGCGGGCGCCGGCGGAGGAGCCCAGGAGGCAGCUCUGUGCCCAAGCAGCCGGAGCGUAGCCUGGCCUCGGCCCUGCCUGGCGCCCUGUCCAUCACCGCGCUGUGCACUGCCCUCGCCGAGCCCGCCUGGUUGCACAUCCACGGAGGCACCUGUUCCCGCCAAGAGCUGGGGGUCUCGGAUGUUCUGGGCUACGUGCACCCGGACCUGCUGAAAGAUUUCUGCAUGAAUCCUCAGACAGUACUACUCCUGCGGGUCAUUGCCGCCUUCUGCUUCCUGGGCAUCCUGUGUAGUCUCUCUGCCUUCCUUCUGGAUGUCUUUGGGCCCAAGCAUCCAGCCUUGAAGAUCACCCGUCGCUAUGCCUUCGCCCAUAUCCUCACCGUCCUGCAGUGUGCCACCGUCAUCGGCUUUUCUUACUGGGCUUCCGAACUCAUCCUGGCCCAGCAGCAGCAACAUAAGAAGUACCAUGGCUCCCAGGUCUAUGUCACCUUUGCUGUCAGCUUCUACCUGGUGGCAGGAGCCGGUGGAGCCUCAAUCCUGGCCACAGCAGCCAACCUCCUGCGCCACUACCCCACAGAGGAAGAGGAGCAGGCGCUGGAGCUGCUCUCUGAGAUGGAGGAGAAUGAGCCCUACCCGGCGGAGUAUGAGGUCAUCAACCAAUUCCAGCCGCCCCCAGCCUACACUCCCUAAUGCCAACCAGAAGCUCUCUUCCAUGGCAGUCCCUCCCCCAACUCUAGCUCCUCCCAUUCCCAGGGGAGCUCCUGUCCCAGCAGGCCUCACGGGUAGGAUCCUGACCAUCUCCACCACACCUUCCCCAGGAGAGACUUUGCCUUUAGGGUUGUCUGUGUGUCCCUGCUCUUGAAACCUGGGAUUCAUCGAUUUUAUGUAAUGCACUGUUAGCCCUCCUACCACCCUCUGCUCCCGUCAUGUUCACUAGUCAUUACCAACCAGGCAUAGUCCGACAAGUUUCCUCCCCUUGCAGGCCGAAUCAGGGGGGCCGAGACCCUCCUUGGGAAGCUGCUGAUAGUAACACCCCAGAGAAAAGUGUCACCAGGGCCCAGGGGAAGGGGUGCUUCCUUCACGAGGACCAGUGUUUGUUCCACAGCCGCAGCUCUGGGGUGACCCUGCUGUGUCCCCUGCUCCAGUCCCCCACCAUUCCCUCUCUGCGUGCCCCAGCGCCAGGCCGCCCGUCCCUUGGGAUUCUCUGCACUUUAGCCUUUGGACUUCUCCUCACAAGUGUUCUGGUUCUAUGGGGAGAAGGAAUUGCCGUUGGGAAGCAGGGCAGUCGCUUGCUUUGCCCUGCCCUGCCCUUGGCUUUGUGUGACUGGAGCCAGGCAGGAGAACCUGGUGGGAGACCGAGGCCUCCUGGUGCCUACACGUGACCAGAGCGAAGGGGACUUGAUCUCCCCAGCCCCUUCGCCUUUUAAAAUGUGAGUGGUUUUACAAGGAAACAAAACCAAGCAACAGCGACCAUAAUAUUCUUUUUAAAAUAGGGACAAGGCUGUUGUUUUCCACAAAUGUGUCCCAUUCCUUCUGGCUCUGCAGUAUUUUGGGCCACGGCUCCUUUCCAGCCUGUAGUAUUUCUUCCCCGAGUCUCUCCCAGCAGUGUGCGCCCUCCUCCCUGGUUCGUCCCUGCCCCCAACCCCGCAGUAACUGUGGCUCCCUGGGGCCUUCCUGUGGAACCCAGAGCCGCGUGGCCCCCGAGGGGCUGAGGACUGUGGCCUGGCUGGCCGGCCAGCGUGGUGCUCCUCAGAACUGCGGCACUGAGAUGUAACCUGGCCUCAGUUCAGGAACAGGGGCCAUGGCAGGGCAGGAACCCACCAUUCUCCACAUAGGAACCACAACCAGCGGGCCCCAUCACAUGAGGUGUCAGAACCACCCCGUCAGACAAGCAGGUGUGGCCGUAGCCUUCGGUCUCACACGUCCCCUAGACUGUGACUGGGGGCUACAGCUUGCUGCAUGCCCCUCUCCCCAUCUCGAAUGUACUCUGGCCUAGCAGUGUGGAACUGGAUCUGUUUUGCCCAGCCAUCACUCUGGCUGCCCUGUAGCUCCAGGUCUGGCAGAAUUCUCUGCCCUGACAUUGGGACAUACAGUGGGAGCAACUUGACAGACCUUCAGUAUGGAUCCAGAUGGCCGAGCUGUCCUCGUUUAGUUAUUGGCUUUGGGAUCAGCAUCCAGUGCUGAGCUGAAAGGAGACAGAUUCCAGUCUCCUCCAACCCUUAAGGCAACAGGCAGUUCAAGCAAGACUGGAGAAUGGACACUGCUCCUGAGCUGUGGCUGGAAAGGGACUGUCCCGCCCCUGUCUGUCUUUGGCCACGUGACAGGAGGUGUCUGGACAGAUGCCCAUGUGGGCGAUGAUGACCAGGUGUGCCCACAAGCGAGCGGCUGCCCGGAGUUCACUGCCGUGAUGCCAAAGUGUGUCCCAAGGUGACUCUCCGCUCUUCCAGACUCUUCUGUCAGGCAAGGAACGCUGCCCUGUGGUAGGCGCGCACAGAGCCACGGAGCUGAAUGAAGUCUGACUUUCUGUGAAGCCCUGAGUUUGUCAUUGGCAGCUUCCUGAGGUGUGGCCAGCUCUCUUUGACUGUGGGCGUCUGAGUGGGCAGGCCAGGAGACCAGGCACCAAACACGCAUGCCAAAGUGACCCGGUCAUCUCACGAGGACCUGGACAUGACCCUGUGGACCGUUCCACGUGAUUCAGAACCCAGUUUUUAUUAGCCUCCCAUGCCUCGGGCCUUUCUUUCUCUCUUCCCCGCCAUCCUGACACCGAUAGUUUGUCAUAUAAAUUCCCCUGGUUGUGUUUUUUUUUUUUUUUCUAGGAAAAAAAUUAAAAAGCAAAACAAAAACAGCAGAAACCACAAAUGAGAAUGUAAACUCCAAUGGCUGUCUGUC